GGUUCAGUGUCAUGCCGGUGCUCUGAAUGCCGGUGUCUGAGUGUGGGUUUUAUUUAUUUAGCGUCGUGCUGAUGAAUAAUUCAUAUUUAAUAUAACCAGCAAGCGUAAACACAAACAAGGCGAGUGGAGAGAAAUGCGGUUUUAUUCGGUGACAUAACACUUACAUAGCCUUUAUGUUUUGAACCUUACUUCACUUCUUUCUAUGAUAGCUAUGCUAGCUGUUUAGCCCGAGAAUUCUUUUGCGGCUAAACUCAUCUCUUUAUGUGUAGUCAAGUCCAUAUUUGCUCACCAGAUCCGCCUCAGCUGUAUGUCUGUUUAUGUCACAGGAUUACUCCAAGCUUGUUAAAGAAAUAUCCAGUACAGCCUGUUGGCUUUAUCUGACACUUGUAAGUUGUUUUUCUUCACAAUGAAAAUCUCCGUUUAGCUCAGCUCUCAGGGAGAUGGGGAAGGAGUGAUUAUUGUUACACCAUGUCUGGCUCACAAAACUCUUGUGAAACACCCAAGCCCAGCAAUGAUUACAGAACUAAUGGAGGGAUAGCAGAGGAGAACUCAGACAGUGAGGAACAUCCUUCUUUAUCAGCUUCACAACUGUUGUCACUUCAGAAAAAGAAAAUAGUCCUUCACAUCGAUCUGAACAACACCAUCCUCGUGUCUGAUGCUGUUACAAAACAAGGGACGGCUGCUGCUCUUGAGUACUUUUUGUCCACUGUGACCUGGGGACGGAUGGCAAAAGGAAAAUGGGAGUGGAUGUGUGAGUCUCCAUCUCUCCUCCCACCGUGUGAGGGUGCUGUGAGUUACUACUCUCAGUUUGGUAGAGUAGUAGGUUUCACCAAAGCUGGGCCAGGCAGGUGUUUCCGGAAGGUUUUUGAGGAACAUCUCGAACUGCUGCGCUGGCCUUCUGACCUGCCUGCACACAAAGAGCUCUCUGUAAAAGGAGAAGAUGGUAAGCUGUACCACUGGAUCCUCCCCUCUUUCUUCCAGCUGCUGCAGGAUCUGGCCUCACAAGGGAUCGAGUUUUCCAUCUUCUUCCGCACGUUUGGCACAGAUCUUCCACGUCUGUUGAUGGUCGUUCAGCGAGCGCUUGAGCAUGGCACCCAUCCACUCUUCCCUGUACUUCCACAACUGAAGCUAAGUGUGGACACAACACCAGGUCAGAUCAGAUGCAACACUAAGGGUGUGAUUCUGAUUCAUGGAGAGACGCGCAUAUCCACACAGGACGGGGAACGGAGUCUGUACCGGUACUUAAGCUCCUCACAUGGUCUGGGUGGCUUCCAGGACCACUUCAACUGGUGGGCACGAAACACAUACACCAUUAUGGGAGGAAAGCCACUGUGGAUUGACCCAUUUGACUCCACAAUCCAACACAUCUUUAUUGAUGACAACAUCCGCCAAAACAAUGAUGACACUAUUGUGCAUCCUAAGGUAUUUCUGGAUCCUGAGAGCUCCGAGACCCGCACAGCCUCCAUUUCAGAGCUGUAUGACCUGUGCCUGAUUCAAACCGACCUCCUCAGAGCCAUUUCUGAGCCCCGCUACUUCACCCAGCGCAUUCAGAUCUGCAUGGAGAACUAUGAGAGGAACCUUAGGCAGCAACUCGGCUAGAUUCCACAUGCCAUGAAUCACUAUGGAGUUUCAUUGAUUUUGAUUUUGAUUCGUGCAUUUGGGCCAUGUUUUCAUUAAUGAAAAGCAGUGUAGGAUGCUAUAUUUUCUAAAGGUGUGCUCACAUCUGCUAACAACCACUUGAGAGUAUUAGCACCAUCUGUGUGUCACCUUUAAAGGUGCAGAUUUGAAGUGUUUGUAGACCUGUGCUAAUAACAGUAUGAUUUCAAACAUAGCUUAGGAAACACUGAUUUGCAGUAUAGCUAUAGAAUGGAUCUGGGUAGUUUCUUGGUUUCAGGCUUAAAUAAAUGACAGCUUGCAACACAAACACAGUUUCUGCAGCGUGCAUAAGGUUGGUUGGGACAAAAGGGUAGGCACACACUAGCAGGUAAAAACUGACAUGCAACAAGUAAAUUUAUAUGCAACUGCACAACAUGGAGACAUGCUUCUGACAAUAGUGGCAAAUCGAGGUGCGCCGUUUGAUUUCAGAUUUUCCUAAUUGUAUGCAAAUAUGAUGUGGUAAAGUGAUGACUCCAAACAGUUGUCUCCAGUAAAUUCUUAAGACACAUGUUGUCCAGUGUCCCUCGAAAUCCUCUCGCUUUUGUUCCAAGCUGCGUUUAGUUUUGACUCUGUUGCAUUUGGCAUGCAAGAAUUGGAAGUAAACAGGAGUCUUAGUAUGUCCUUGGUUUUACUUAAACAGUACAAUGCACCUUAAACAGUAACAGUUAUGUGUAUAAAUUGUGCAGUAGACUGUAUACAUUUUGGCUGCUACCAUCUCAUAUCAGAACUUAAAACUGCUAGACAGAAUACUGCUGCGAGAGACAACAGUAGAGACAAUAUAUGUGAUGUUCGCUACUUGUUGCUUCAAGUACCAAAAUAAAUAAUUCACAAUAUUUUAUUUUAAAAAAAAAAGAUCAUGAUGCAACAUACCUCUAUUAAUAUACUAGUACUGAGAUUAUUCAGAUGUUGUUCAGUUCUAUGCAGUUAAUGCUACAUUUCUCUGUAAUGCAGAACUUCGAGUUGUGUCUGUGGAGAAGCUUUUCCUGACAUUAGAUUACUCAGGGAUUGUGAUGUUACUGGGUAUUUUUCUAUGAUUAUAACAUUAUACAGGUAUUUACACUUGGUCAUUAUCAUCAUACUUGAUUUUUGGAUGGUUUUCUUUGAAAAUGUAGCUAUAAAAUCAUGGUAUUUUGAGCAGCUGUAUUGCUCAGGAGUGAACACAUUAUUUUAAAAUGGUGUGUUGUUUUUUUUUUUGGUUUGUUUACAUAUAUACAUAUAUUCUGUUAGAAUGAUUUUUUUCCCCCCAUUUGAAAAGUUAGGGGGUAAAUAAUGUCAGUGGAGAGUACUUAUUAUCCUACUGAAAUCUGACACUGCAUCAUAAGUACUUAUUUAUUUAUUUGUGUUGAUAUUAUGUUAUAUUGGGUGAUAUAAAUGCUAUUUAGGUUUGUUUGUUUUUUAUUGUUUUUAAGGUUAUUAUUAAAAUAAAUUGAAUAA